AUGGCCCUGCGCGCCGUAUCUUGUACGACACUUUCAUGGAGCAGCUUUCGUAUCACUGCGCGACCCACAGUGAGAGCGACUCUGACGCCGCAGAGUGUGGCGAAUACAUGCAUAGCUCAGACGAGGAGGGAGAUGAGGUGGCUGACGCCGCCCUUCCCGAACAUGAUCUUCCUGCAGCUGAUUCUGGAGCCGCUGCCGCUGCUCGCCCAGCCCGCGUUCUGCAUGCUGCUGCUUGCCACGUCCAUCCCGAAGGCGUUCGGCAUGAAUGGGCUGUUCAUGGUGCUCCGUGCCAUCACUGCUCGGCCGACGCCGCCCUUCCCGAACCAGAUCUUCAGGAUGCUGCGUCAUUUCUGCAUGCUGCUGCUGGCAGCGGGCACGCUUGGGCGGUUUCUGGCGCUAUGUACCUUCGCCGCUCUGAUCUCCUCCAACUUCCAUACUGCUCCUCGUCUCUCGAUGGCCUGGCAGACGAAUUUGUAUGCCCCGCGUCGGAGCGUCAACAUGAUGUUCGUGCCGUUCCGCCGCGCGGAGUGGCGGAUGAUGCGCAUGACGUUGAGGCCUCCGCCGCCCGUCAAUGCAGCCCUGUGCCCCACACCUGGCACGCUCCAUCCCGCUCUUCCCUUAUUUCCUCUGCGCUUCCUCCCAUCCCUGCUUUUUCUUGCAUUUUGUCCAGCGCUCCCGAGCUACUCUCCCCGCGCGAUCUCAUAG